AUGGAUUUAGAUGGAGAGGGGGGAUAAGUCUAAAACACAAGAGAAUCAUAAAAAUGCAUGAAGAGCAUGAUUGGUGAGUUUGAAAAGAUUACUGAAAUUUUAAACACUUGCUUUAGGAUUUAGAAAUAAAGGAACAAAUACUAUAAAAAUAAAUAUGAUGAAGAAAGGUGAUGUGGCUACAAUUUUGGCUUGAAAAA